GGAAGUGCGAGUCAGCUAGAGCUGAAAGGAGAUUACUGAUUUUGUUCAGUGUCAACUAAGAAUUCGACUGUUGCAUGGUGUUCGUCGGAGAGGCCAAUUUUUUCUCGAAUGUGGUGGUUUCUAACGACUAAAACCUAUUAUAGAAACUAAAAGUAUUGAAUUUGUUUGAGUUAAAGAGCUAUAACGAUGAACGGUAAAUCUGCAAACGGCACAGCGGGCGGAACACUGGCCUGCAUUGAGGGGCUACCACCACUUCCGAAGAGCCUAAGCGGCUUGCUGAAUUCUAGCGGCGGGUCGUGGAGAGAGAUGGAGAGGAUGUACGCAAAGAAAACCAUGAUUCAAGACGACCUUAGCCGCGGGCGAAACAAUUCCGACAAUCUGCUUACUAACAAACCGGCCAACCUUGAUGCGGCUUUAGCAUUACUCCGAAAAGAAAUGGUGGGGUUGCGUCAACAGGAUAUGUCUUUGCUGUGUCAGCUCUGGUCCCUCCACGAGUCCAUCCAGGAGUACAAGGGCAGUUGCCAGGACCUGAGUGCAGGGCACGGGGUAGAGAAUGGCUACUUCGACGAAGACGACGAAUACUACCAAGAGACCAGCACAACACCAACUGAACAGCCAGAGGGAAGUGAGACAACCUCUCCCAAAAACGGGAAUGGCAAGGAUUCCUGGUUACAAGACUCUUUCCACAUCACCAUCUGAAAGACCCAAGGGGCUGAGCUGUUUGGCUUCAAAGCUAACUUCGCACAUUCGUUUGAGGCAAUAAUGCUUUUUAUAAAAAGCUGUGCCAUGCGUUGUUUUUAUUUUUUUGUUUUAUUGUUUUUUUCAGCAGACCUUUUCAUAUAAAUAUAUAAAAAAAGGUUUAUUAUUUAUUAUAUUAUAAAUAAUUUGGUAUUUUUAUUCCUAUUAUUAUGGACGUUUGUGGUUUUCUAUUAUUGGGUUGUGAGUACUUCCAAGCUCUGUGUCAUUGCCGCAGUGUUUACGGGGUGAAAUCCUAGACACAGGGAGAGUCUUGAUAAACAAAAUGGAUGGGAUUCCUGUCCCUGCAAUCAAUGACGGAGGAAAUCAACCCUUAGAUGGCAUGUUGUGGCAACUGUGACUGAUUUUGUGGUUUGUAUUGCUAGGAUGGAAAAAAGUAUAAAAAUGUGAACAGUUUAUAAAAUUCUGAAAAUCCUUCAGGAAUAAUUUAAAAACCAAGGGUAAGUAAGCAUAUGUUACUCAGAAGCCCUGUCAACGGUGCGCUGACACCAGACAUUGUGCGCCCCCCCCCAUAUUGCUUGUUGGUUCUCCAUACCUUGUUUCAGUUAUUUCUUCAGUGUAGCUGAGGUGUCUGCGUUGUUGAAUUAUGUACCAUUGCUUCCAUCAUAACCCUUUUCAUAUAAGACCUCAACACAGGGUACACAUUAUGAAUUCCUAGUACGUAGACCCCACUAGGACAUGCAUAUAUAGCAAUGCUGUCCACACAGUCUUCCAUAACCAACCAACCCCUAUUAAGUCUCUAUGCACUCAAGAUUAGCUGCAUUGUUAGAGUGCGUUUAAAAAUGAUUUAAGCUAGGAAGUGUCCGUUCUUUUAAGUAAAAUUGUGCUUGUCUAUUCUGACACUUGUUUGUAAACCGGUCCACAAUUCAUGCAUUUGUGGUACGCAAACCAAAGAGUAUAAUUGACGAACAUUUGCAGACUUAUUUUGUCAUGUUUGACUAUUUGCAGACAUUGGGUUUAUGUUCUUCUAGAUGCACAGAUUGUAUUCUGUUUUUCUUUCUAAACAAUGUUACACAAUAUAUCAAAGAAUGUUUUUGUAAUACAGGUUGAUUUUACAUUGUAGUCAUUCAGCAGACACUUAUGCAGAGUGGCUUACAGAAGCAAUUAGGGCUAAGUGCCUUGCUUAAGGGCACAACAGAUUUUUCACCGUUUUGGCCCAGGAAUUGGUUCCAGUGACCUUUUGGCUGCUGUCCCAUUGCUUUAACCAGUAGGCUGCCAACCCUGUUGUUUUGUUUUUGAGACUUGAUGUUUUUCUGUCUAAGAAUAAUGCAAUUUGAGAAUUUACACACUAGAAGAUGACUGGAGGUCUGAUACAGCAUGCGUGUUUUCAUAACGGACAGUUGAAAGAAAAUGUCCCCAGUACUGUCUGUGCCUCAGUGUGAGUGACGAUCAUGUACGGGACUUUCCACCUUCAACUUCACUGUCAAUGUAAAUACAGUGCCACCACCAGCCCCACGCUGAAAUUCAGUAUUACAGGAUUGCAGACCUUUUUUUUCCUCUGCAAGAGACAAAAAAAAGAAAUCACAACACAUAGUGCCUUUUGUGCCUUCGUGUCUCAGACCGUGGCUAUGGCUGUUGUCUGUUCCUUCAACACAGCACUUUUUCUCAAUCUGGUCGUGUUUUUUAGGCAGUCUCCUGGCACACACAUGGUGUACUGUAUACUGUAAGUCCAGCACUUUAAGUCCCACCUAACAGGCAGUGUCUGGAUGUCUUUUUACCAGCAUCAACAUUUUAGUACACAAUGGCACCCUGAUUAGUUUCUUUGUCAUGUAGCUAUAUCCAGCAGGAUCUAAUCAGAAAGGGUUGUUGUGCCACAAUGUAAUCUUGAGUGGGCUUUGAAUCAUUCUACAAAGACAGAAAAGAGUCUUUGUGAGCCUCAAGCCAAGUACAUUAAACAUCAGUCUUAAUAUUUAUGUUGAGGGUGCAAAAAACAAUGGCAACGUGUUUUGAAUUUAGAUUUGCUUCGUCCACACCGAACAACUGAUAGUCUAAUCGAAAAGGGUCAAGAUGGAUGAUUGUCAUCAAAGGCCCAUUUCCUGUGAGAUUAAUAUAUGCAUUUCAACUAUAAAAUCUGUGGAGUAUUGUUUUGAUAUAUGUUUGAUUGUUCUCUAAGAUGCAUAACUUAGAGAAUAUUUGAAUGGUUUAUUUUGUUUCAAUCCAUUCCUCCUGUUGAUUUUUCAGUGAAUGAUCAUACUACUGUCUUAGACAACAAUUUUCUAUGCUGUUAUGUGAUAGCUAUACUUAUGGAUUUAAUAAAACUACUUGAUACUCA